CACGUGUAACGAGACGCGGAACCAGCGAUUUAUUAAUUAACGAUAUUGACGCCGCACACUGAUCGCGGCACGUGAGCGAUUUUCCGAAUGCGGCGGAUCCUCUUCGGUUUUUUCGCGUCCGGUGAUUAUCCGGCGAUCCAUCAGGUCGAACGAUCUUUCGUUCCGCCCGCGGAUAUCGGGAAUAUCUGGGAAUGAUGGAUUGAUUAAUAUCGGAAAAGAUAAAACGCGAAUGUGAUACGAAGCACGAACGCCAAGCGCCGGACGACAAAGUUGUCCCUCCCCGUUACGUUUCGUGGCGACGCGAAAUCGCGUGACACGCAGGCUCUAUUAGAUGAUUUCCGCGCGGAAAUCAUCUUACGCGCUCGCGUAAUUCGGACUCGCUUCUUCGAUGAGUAAUGGACGAGAAACGCGACGGCCGUUAACGUAUCACGCGACGAACGAUCGAUCGUUCGUCCAUCCGUCCAUCGUCUUUCGGACGAACAGAAGUGGAAUCUUGUGAGUGCAAAAUCGAAGAAAUCGGUUCGAGAAUAGCCGUCAGGCGAACAAAAUUGAAAAGCCGCGAAAUAUCGAGUAGUCGUUCGGAAAAGAAGAAAAGACGAGGCUCACAUCGAAUGUUGAGAGACUGAGAUGUUUAUGUAAGUUUCAUUAUCAUGCACAAAAUUGAUAAUCAAAUAUUUUGAUUCCUUUAGGUAUAGAAUAAAAAAAAAUGUUGGCGUUUGUCUAUAAAGAUGCGAUUAUUAUCGCUUGAGACUAAGAAAAAUAAUUCACUCGGCAAGUUUUCUUCGUUUCUAUCUUGUAAGUGAGAACUAAUUAUUCAAAAAAAGGAGAAAAUUUAUAAAUUUCUCUACGCAAAUUGAUAACAAAGCAUUUCGAUUCCCUUGGGGAGAAAGAAACUUUGGCAUUUGUCUAUAAAGACCCGAAGAUUGAGAUAUUCCUCGACGGAUAAAACUUAUUAUCGCUGAAGAAUAAUUCGAGCAGGCGAGUGUGUUGAUCUUCGUUUAUAAUAUCGCGCGACUUGCCAGCGAGAUCACCGCGCGGUGAACUAAUUUUCUUGCCGGCGCCGCGAGAAUAGAACGUGCGAAAUCUAAAAUGUAAAAAUAGAAAUGUAGAAAUUUAUCUAAGGGAAUCUUUCACAGCCAUUUCUCUUUCGGCACCGAUGUUCGACGAGCGCACGUGGUGCGCCAAACGCGCUCGCCCGUAUUCGCCCGGUCAUUUGGUUCGACGCGCGUCGAACAUUGGCGAGAUAUUAAUAAUCGUUAAAUAUUUAAGAGAUACAUCCAGACAUCCUUGAAAAAGCGAUGAUCGACGCUCGCGUCGCCGGAAAAUAUCGGGACGUCGCGAUUCCUCCGCUCGAUCCUGCACCGCGGUGCAGCGCCAUGCUUCGAGAUCGAGAGGCGACGACGAGGAUCGCCUGCCGUGUGAUGACGAUCGUCCUGCAUCCCCGACGGCGACGAUAAGAGAUGGUCGCCGCGAUGGGAUUUCCGUCGAACGUGACCGAGCCGCCGACCGACUACCUGGACCACACCGGGCCGACGAACGCGUCGUCCGUGGGCGCGGAACUGAACCUGCCGUACACCGUGUGCGAGAUCCUGGUCGCGAUCUGCGCCGUCUUCGGCAACGGCCUGGUGAUCAUCGUCUUCAGCAAGGAGCGGAAGCUACGCAGACGCACCAACUACUACAUCGUCUCCCUGGCGACGGCCGACCUGCUGGUGGGACUGUUCGCGAUCCCGUUCGCGAUCCUCGCGAGCAUCGGCCUGCCGACGAACCUCUACGCCUGCCUGUUUACCGUGUCGGUCCUCGUGGUCCUCUGCACCAUCAGCAUCUUCUGCCUGGUGGCGGUAUCCGUCGAUCGUUACUGGGCGAUACUGUAUCCCAUGGGAUACUCGCGCACCGUGCGCACCAAAACUGCCAUAGGUAUAAUAUGCGUAUGCUGGAUAGCGGGCAUCCUGGUGGGCUUCCUGCCGCUCUUCGGAUGGAACACCGGCCAGAUAAACGACCACAGGUGUAUCUUCACGAACGUCAUGGACUACAAUUAUCUUGUGUUCCUAUACUUCGCUACGAUCAUCUUUCCCGCCCUGCUGAUCGCGGCUUUCUACGCCCAUAUAUACCGGGUGAUCGUAAAACAGCAAAUCGUCACGAUGGAUCCCAGCGACGGGGGUGGCGGUGGUGGUACCGUUCGCCGUCUCGGCGUUCUCCGUCUCGGCGGUCGCGGGGGCGGUAAUCAUCACGGAGGGACGAUGCUGCGGGUGCUCGGCGCGGCGCGCAAACGGGAGGUCAAGGCCACACAGAAUCUUUCGCGCAUCGUCCUCUUCUUCAUCGUCUGCUGGUUCCCGCUGUACACGAUAAACUGCGUGAUGGCCUUCUGCCCGGGGUGCGAGGUCGACGACUUCCUCAUGAAGUUCUGCAUCAUCCUCUCGCACAUCAACUCGGUCGGCAAUCCGCUCCUCUACGCCUACCACCUCAAGGACUUUCGCAUCGCCCUCAAGAACUUCGUCUGGCGGCUGCUCUUCCCGCACAGCGACGUCAAGUCCAGCGUGAUCAGCGUGAUCCACGAUCGGGGUUCCCUCAUCGGUUCGCAGAGGCAACUCCAGAGGCGGUUCAGCGGCUUCGAUCAGCCGAGAAGUCAAAGGUCGAGCCUGCUACGUCAGGUGAUAGAUGGGAAAAGGAUAGACAGCGUGUAUACCGAAAGGCGUGUCUCGUCAAUAAGGGAGAAAGAGACGCGGCAGACGAACGCCGACAGUGCGGUCGGAAGUGCGGUUCUAAUCAACAACUCCGCUCCGGUGAACGAACGGAUGAACGAGAAGGAACUGGCCGACGACGGCGAUAUCGUCGACCGCAACGACGACGCGACCGAUCGCGGAAUUUCUUCCUCGCUGGAAUUGCGGACGUACAAGUCUUUGGUGCCGCUUCUACCCGCGGAGGAGGACCGCGUCGAAGAAACGCCGCCCGCAUCGAUCUUCGUGAUCGAGGCCGACGUGGUGAAUCACGCCUCUCCCGAUCAUCUCCUGGUUCUGGACGAAUCUCGAGAUAGAGUCGACGUGGCGGGCGGCUAACGCGGUAACUACGAAAAAAAAAA